AGCUUUUUUUCUUCUUUUAUCAUUUUUACAUUUUCUUACAUGUGUAUAUAUUUUUUUGUGCCACCUACCCCCACACUCCUACACCCCUGCUUCCAACCCCUGUUCCACCCUCUUCUCCAAUUUUGUUGAAGAGAAAAGAUAAGAGAUAAUAAGAAAGACAUAGUGUUUUUGUUAGUUUGGGAUAAAGAUAGCUAUACAGAGAGAAUCCUAGCAUUGCUUCCAUGCACUUGUGUAUUGCAAUCCACAUUGGUUCAUUUCUAGAAACCAAGAGCACAUAACUGGCAAUUUUGUUUUUAUUCAGCUUUGACCUUUGACAUUAAACUGUGAUGAAUCACCCUGUAUCUUCUUUAAAAGUCUUUACUAAAUAUCAGAACAUACCUGGACAUGCUUGGGUUUUUCUGUAUCUAGAUGUUAGUGUUUUACUUUUCUGUUCAAAACAUGAUUGUAUAUCUCAUUUACAUAUUGCUUUGUAUUUUGAAUACCUUCAUGUACAUUACCCAAUUUAAACCUUCCAGUAAUGCUGAUUGUAGACCAGGCACCCAAUCAGAAAGCUGCGAUCGGAGCGGUUCAGAGGUCUUUUUAGAGUAUUUUUAGCAGAGGCAGAAUUAGAACACAAUCUGCAAGCCCCACACCAUAAUCUGUAGCCUUGGUUGGAGUGUGAGCUACACAUUCUGAUGCUCAGAUGUGAGUACCCACUUUGGGAACUUUCUACAGCUAUCAACACUUUCUAUAAAAAUACUUCCUGUCACCCACCUAGCAAAUAAAGCAUGAGCUGCUGGAGUCCCAGCACCAAGUGGCCUCACUGCAAGACAUGUCUUGUCAACUCCUGGUGAAUGCUGAAGGUACAGACUGCCUAGAAGCCAAAGAAAAAGUCCAUGUUAUUGGAAAUCGGCUCAAACUUCUCCUGAAGGAGGUCAGUCAUCACAUCCAGGAUCUGGAGAAGUUACUGGACAUGUCAAGCAGUCAGCAGGAUUUGUCAUCCUGGUCUUCUGCUGAUGAACUGGACACAUCAGGAUCUGUGAGUCCUACAUCAGGAAGGAGUACCCCAAACAGACAGAAAUCGGUAACUUUCCACUAGUUGUUUUCAGCUGGCCCAGGGAAGGGAACACUGGCAAGUGACAGUAUUUGUGCCUCCCACAGUGUCCACAGGCUCAAAGCAGGAAAAUCCAAGCAGGAGAAGGCUGUCAUCUGUACAGAGCUCCUUCCUUACCGUGCUGCGUGCCCUUCUCGCAUGCGCUCGGGAAUGGAAAAUAGCAA